AUGAAUGAGAAACAAAUUCUCGGCGUUGCUGGUAGCAGUAAUGAUGUACACCUUAUGACAUUAGAAUAUUAUAACGAACAUAAAGAUGAACUGAAAGGAGAGAAGGGUGACACCGGACCUCAAGGACCACAAGGAAUACAAGGAAUACAAGGACCUCAAGGCGAAAACGGUUUGGAUGGUGAAGAUGGAAAGGAUGGAAAAACUGCUAAAUCAUGGAUAUGGAACCUUAUAAAUACUGGUUUAACAGCUGCUUCAUAUGAAGUUCUUCAAUACCAAAUCGGAAAGAUAUGGGCAGUACUUGGUGAAGAAGCUUUAGAUGACGUUAAAAAUGCUUUGAACUUCAUUUCAAAUGGUUCGGAUACUAUUAAAACUUUAUCUGUUUGGAUGCAAGAAACAAGGAGUCAAAUAGAUACUGUAAGACGUAUAGCAAACAAUGCACGUACGGGAUUGGAUACUUUACGAGAAGCACAAAAUACACUAAAGGAAGCAAAUGAUAUUCUUGGCUCAGUAUCAGACAUGCAUGAAGAUUGGCUUAAAGGUAUUGACAAAUCUUUAAAAAAUCACAGUCAGUCUAUUGCUGACUACAAGAAAAGUAUAGAUUUUUUACAUAGUGCUAUGGACGUACAUGAUGGAAGCAUAAGGAACUUACUUAAUGCUAACAAUAACUUACCAGGAACUAUUAAAGCAUUUAUAAAGUCCUUUGUAAAACCUGGUGCUCUAACAUUUAGGUCUUUGAGAGCAAGAGCAUUGAAGUCAAGAGAUGCAGAAACUCCAACAGAAACUCCAACAGAACCUACAGAAGGAACUGAAACAACAGAAACUCCAGAAGAACCACCAAAACCAACAGCUAAUGAAAUAUUGUUCGAAUAUUUUCCAAAGUACUCUGUUCUCAUUGCAUACAUUCAAGAAAUACUUAAGAAAGCAGACUUGACUUUAGGAGAUGAUGAAAGUUCUGUAUAUCUUUCGUUCCAGUUUCAAAUAGCAAAACUUUUGAGACAGAUAUGCUUAAUGUAUGACAACAUCUCUGAUUUCGCAAGAUAUGAUGACGACCAUGACCCCGAACACGGUGAAGAAGAAGUUUUAUUGACACCAAAGAUGGCGAAGUGGAUGUUCUUCAAGAGCUGA